AGAGCGAGAAACUUUCUCUCAUAAUAAAGAGAUCCGUGGUGGAAGAAAAAGAGAGAGCUACUUUUAAUGGAAUCUAAGCUUCAUAACGAGAUUUUGUUCUACUCUACAUACGCCCGGCCUGACGAAAAUUUGGCGAGAUGCUACUACGUCCAUGAACAGGCUUGCGAUUCAGUGAUCGCUUUGGAAAAUGUCAAUGCUCGAGGAUAUUAUCAUUGCCCAUUCACGUACGACCCUCCUUUGGAAUAUGUCAUAACGGCGAUGCGCGAGAUAGCACGAUUCCACGGAAAAGGAUACGUUAUGAAGGAGCUGCAGCGAGAAAAAUUCUUCAAUAUUGCGAACCAAUUGCGUGAAACCAAAUUUCCCAUUGAUAUGGUACAGGAACGCAAGAAUUUUUUAAAGACAAUAGUAAUGAGAACGGUGAAUUAUCUUCGCAGUAACAACUACGAGAAAGAGUUCUGCGAUAAAAUGGCAGCCUUAAUCUCGAACACGUACGGCAACAUGACGAAAAUCUUGGAGACUGUAGAACCUUUAUCUACCACGUGUCAUGGCGAUUAUGUGUUGACCAACCUUCUCUUCAAAAAAGAAGACGAUGGACAGCUACGGGGGAUACCGAUCGACUUCGCGGAAUGGAAAUACGCGAGGCCCGUCGUCGACCUUUCUACGUUCCUCUGCGUCUCUUGUUCUACCGAAAUGAGAAGAUACAAGUUUUUCGAAUUCAUACGAGUCUAUCACAAUGAGCUUAAGAAGUAUCUGUCGGACGCUGGCAUUUGGAAUGCCGAGAAAUACUCGUACGAUGUUUUUCUGGAUGAUUUCAAAAGAGGCGCUUUCUUCGGUCUCAUUAUCGCGUCAUACUUUCUACCGGUGUUGUGGGGAUAUAGUAAAUUAGAUAUAGAAAUGCUAGCAACCAAGGGCUACAUGGAAUCAGCGAAAGAGUGCAGCCAGGCCGGCGGAGAUAAAAUGUCAAAGAUUAUAACUGAUGUGUUGCUACAUCUAAGGGAUCUUGGUUGCUUAGAAAACGUUUCGUAACCUCAUGUCAUGUUCGAAAUGAGAUGCAUACAUUAAUAUUUGAUAAUAUUUUUGUGCAAAUAAAUUAUUAUAAAAAAAAGGU